AAAAUAAUGAAAAAUCACGCCUUUAAGAGGUUUUUUUUUUUUACGGGUUUACCACGUGACCCAGCUGUCAAAUAUGGCCCCUUCCUUCUGGGUGUGAGAGAGGCGACAGUUGACAAAGGGAAGAAAUCUGUCAAAAAGGACAGCACCAAUUCACAUCGCAGCACAACUCCGUCCAGAUAACACUGCACUUAUGUGACAUCCUCAGCAAGUGAAAAGUGAUGAUGUGUGCGAGAGAGAGGAACUGACAGAAGAAGGCCUUCAUUGUUGCAGACCAUCUGUUCAGAUCAACCCUUUCCCUCCCUCCCUCCAUCGCCUCCCUGCGAGCCUCCACCCUGCAGCCAUGCAGAUCAACCCGGUGCUCGUGGAGUCCGCUGUAGUUUUGGCUGUGGUGCUGUGCGUCCACAUGGCGGUUUGGAACCAGCACUCCUGGUGCAGCAUAGCCCUCGUCAUCCAGGCGUUCUACGUACAGCACAAAUGGGACCGUCUGCUCAGGUCAGGGGGCGCGGUGUUCCAGUUCCGUCCUGCAGCAAACAGCGGCAUCGUCCCGGCCUCCAUGGUUAUGCCCUUACUGGGCCUGGCGCUGAGGGAAAAGUGCUCUGCCUCAGGGAAUGUCUACUUCGAGCGCUUCUCCAUGGUGAUCACCAUCACAGGCAUGAUGCUGGCUCUGUUUCUCUCCCUGAUUGCGCUGGGCAUCACCAGACCCGUGCCCACAAACACCUGCGUGAUCGCAGGUAUGGCUGGCAGUGCAAUCCUCUACACGACAAAGCAGACGCUGACGGUGUCUGAGGUCAUCGAGGUGUUAGAGGUUCUGUUGAUCUUCGUCUAUCUCAGUCUGAUUGUACUUUACUUGCUGCCACGAUGCUUCACACCUGGAGAGGCGCUCCUCAUCGUCGGUGGGAUCAGUUUCAUCGUCAACCAGCUCAUCAAGCGCUCUCUGAACCUGGCAGAGGUGAAAGGCGAUCCGGUGAACUAUUUCCUGCCGGUCAUAGUGGUGGGCUCACUGUUGCUGGGCGUUUUCUUUGCCCUGCUCUUCUGCUUCAUGGAGUCCGAGACCUGGGUGUCAUCACUUUUCUUUCACAUGAUGACAGCCGUUCUGGGUUUGGGAAUCCUCAUGCCGUGGCUCUCUCUGUUCAUCGGCCGGCACCCCAUCAUGUGGCUGUUGGACUUUGUCACGUUAAAUGACAGAAGACUCUGUCUGUUGGGGUACUGGGUGUUUCUAGGGGUCGUGGCCAUAUGUGUUGUGUUACACCAGAACUACCAGCGCCAGUCAGGAUCCAAGAAGCACCAGGCCUCGACUAUUGUCAGGAAGUACUUCCAUCUGAUUGUAGUGGCCACGUAUGUUCCAGGGCUGAUAUACGACAGACAGCUGCUCCAUGUGGCGUCUGUGGGUUGCUUGGCAGUUUUCUUGUUCCUGGAGUAUGUGCGGUACUUUCGAAUCCGCCCGGUGGGUCAGCUGCUCAGGCAGUUGCUCACCUUGUUUCUGGAUGAGCGGGACUGUGGGCCUCUCAUCCUGACCCACAUCUACCUACUGCUGGGCAUGUCUCUGCCCAUUUGGCUGUUCCCUGGUCCCUGCGCCCCUAAGGGGAUUCUUCCUGGUGCGGGCGGCCUGGUGCCUUAUGCAGGUGUGCUGGCAGUGGGAGUCGGAGACACUGUGGCGUCUGUGUUUGGCAGCACUAUGGGGGAGAUCCGUUGGCCCGGCACUAAGAAAACAAUGGAGGGAACUGCAACUUCUGUGUUCGCCCAGAUCAUCGCCGUGGCCAUGUUUCUUAUCUUCGAUGCGAGCAUCAACCUGAACUCCACCUAUUCAUGGAUUGUUGGCUCCAUCACUCUGGUGGCCAUGUUGGAGGCCUACACCUCCCAAAUAGACAACCUCCUACUCCCACUCUACCUCUUCAUCCUGCUGUUGCUUUGACCGGACAGAUGGCACAGACAAACACAGGGGUCUGCAGAUCCCUUUCACCCCCUUUCUAGGAGGAAGAAAGAAUGGUGAAUUUGGGAAAAUAAUGUGUAAUAAAUCUGAAUAAAUAUGAUAGUAGAAAAUCAUAGAAGUCCCUUUAGGAAUCACUGGAAAGGGGAGCUGUUGUACUAGCACAAGAAAUAAAUCAAGCCAGGUAAUUGUUAUCACAACAAAACCAAUGUGGCACUAAAAAAAAAUCUGCUCCGUACUUUAUUUGGCAGCAGACUUGAUGUUUGCAUGACACUAGAGUCUGUUGUCUUCAGAUCACAAGUCACUUCAGUAUCAGUUGCUUUGAGAAAUGAGUGUUUAAAAUACAAGAAAUGUCAGAAAAAAUGUUGCUAAAUAUUUAAAUUUAGUGACAGCGGUGUACGUUUCUUAGCGUGUCACCGCCCUGACCCCGUGGGUACUCGACCAACACCUCCUGAAUUAUGCAACAGGAGAUUAAGUUUAGCAAAGUGGAAAAAUGUCCUGUAAACAUGUAGAACUCUGGACUCGUAGAGGGUACGGACGCUGCUAAAUGGCACAUUUUAAUCAUCAAUGAAGAGGUUUUCUUAUCUUGUACCUUGUUUUUUUUUUUUUUUUUGCAAAUGGACACAUGCCUUUGUAUUGCCUUUGAAGAACAUUAUUUAAAGUUAGCUUAUUGAUAUGUCUUUUUCUCAAUCGACAUGUUUAUUAGAUUAUUUUUGCCUCCCCUAUGGCAAUAUAAAAAGACUUACUGCUGAAUAUAUUUGCCUUAAGAAGUAUAUUUUCUAUCACAUGUAACCUAGUAUUGUAGACGCUGUAGAUGAAAGCAUGGCAGACGUCAAGAACACCUCUCAACUCUUCUUUAUAAGGGCUGGUUUAUACUUCGAUAUGGCAGAAAAUCACUAUGCUCCUGCAUGACACUAAUGUGAAAUUCCAGUACUGUAACAUGUACACAGGUAUUCAAACAGUAUAUUUUUUGUUUGGUAAAUUUAUUUUGUUCAAUACUUCUGUGGUUUGAUGGGACCCCUUACAGGUAAACUUAAUAUAUAGUACAUUUCCUUGUGAUACUGAGCCUUCACACCCUGGUCUGUAUAGUCUGUAGAUAUGCUUUGGGCCAAAACUAUGAACAUAAGCCCUUCCUUUUAAAGCAACUUUUUUUUUUGUUACAGUUUAUCAGAAUUAUUAUUUAAUAUUUGCUUAAUACCCUCACAUGUCAUCAGGUUUCAUCUCACCAUUCACCCAGAGAUAGAAAAUGCUACAGUUUAUAACCUGAAACAUGUUUUCAGCAUGAAUGAAUUAACAGCUUUUAGUUUACGUUAAUCCGUAUAUAUCUUCUUUGGUGUUUUUUUUUUAUGUUGUGAUGACAAUUUAUUUGCAUGAUCCUGCUGGUAUGUUAUUUUUGCAAAUCAUCUUUACAUUUUUGAAAAUGUAAUAUUGCAUGUUGAGUGCAUCAGAGAAGAGCGAUGAAAUUGAUAUGCUUCUGAUCUUUAGUCUAUAUGUUUAAUACUCAUUUGAGGACUGAGAAUAGGGAGCUGUGUGAGUGACGGAGUGAUUGCACUUUGAUUUAAAUAAAACAACAUAAACAUUAACCCUUGGCUUUCUCAAUUUGAUUUUAAGAUUAACCUAAAAAGUUUGGAUGUUGUGGUUUAUAAUCAUUCUUACAUAAAGUUUAGUUGCGUCUUAAAAUGAUCAUACUUGAAAAUAAAAAUGCUUACUGUUGUCUGUAAAAAGAAUAGGAAUCUGCCAUCCCAUUUUGACACAAACAUGGGGAAAAAAUUACCUUAAACAUAAAUAAAGCUGGUUGGUGACAAUGUU